AUGACUGAAACAGCAGGUAAAUUACUAGGUCACACCGUUCCAGUUUGCCAAUGGAUCCCGCGAGAUUCAUCUAACCCAUCUACAACAGCACCUGCUUACCCACGGUUUCCAAACGCCGUGAGGGAAUGGACCGGAUUCUUUCGAGCU